UCAUAGUUGACACCAUUAGUAUUUUUCUUAGAAAAUUUAAUGGUCAAACGAAGCUAUGGAAAGACUCAUCUUUCUUAUUUUGUUUUCCAUUCCUAUGGUGUGUUGUGUUGAGGUUUAAUACUCUAUGUAAUCCAUAGCCUUGUUUGGGUGGUCCGUUGGACUUGAUGGAUAUACAAAUUGAUUUAUGAGGGUGAGUAUUUUUAUAUACUCUUAAUGUUUUCAUAGCCAGUUUGGUGGUCUACGCUGAGGUAGACUUGAUGAAAUCACCUACGUAAGUGUGAAGGUGUGGCGACCUUCUAUGAAAAACUAUGGGCUGUUUUUCUAGAGCACUUAUGAGCAUCCCGAGGUUUGUUGCCAAUCUUGAGUGUCGUUUAUCGCGGAACUCGUACAUGAAGAAAGGUGAGAUAUGUGUAUUCGGGUUAUCUCUUGACAUCAAGAGAGUUCAAGAAAUUUAUUUUUCUCUCUAGAUUAUGGAGUGACCUCAUUUCACUAUGUGUUGGUUCAAAUAUAACAUAUACUAACACUUAAGUAUCAAACCUUAUUUUGCUCAGCAUUGAAAGUUUUUUUUAAAAAAAAAAUUUGUCAUCCUUGCAUUAGUGGGGGAUUGUUGUAUAAUGCAAGGUACAGGAGGUUUCUUUUGUUUGACUAUUUCUUUUCCCAAUUUAAUCUUAAUUGUUUAUUUUUACUUAGUCAGAGAAGUGUUUAUCCUUUUAAUUUUCAAAUUGGUGGAGUGAGUGGAUCAAUUCUAAUUGACUCCUACUUUUAAGGCCUCACCGUACACUUCCUUUUCUUCACCACAAAUCCCUCAACUUCUUCAAACAUCUCUAUCUCUCUUGGCCUAUUUAUUUGAGUGGUCUGGCAGAGGUGAAUUAUAAGAAGAUAUCACUCCAAACCUUCUGCAAAUUCUCUAAAAAAUCUCUGCAAAUUCUUCUUUCCUUUGUUGAGCAAAAUCUGUGCAGUUCCUUCCGGCUUCUGUGGGUGCGCACAAAGGCCGGCUUCCGUGUUAUCCUUGGGGGACGACGCCUUUGAUCAACCGCACCGGUGAAGGCGAAAUCGUUUCUAAGGCAGUGGUAUUAAUCCACGGCACGGCGCUUCACUCUCUUUGUUUUUGUUUAAAUUCCAGGCGCAAGAAGAAAUCCUUAGCAGAAGCACAAGAGGAGACCGGCAGUACCGAACCAACAAUUACCAUGUCUUUUCAUUAUUCCACUUCUAAAACAUACUGUGGUUGGUUCUGUAAUUGGUUUUGGUGGAAUAUUUUUGAAGCAUUUCUUUAGUGUGUCCAUGGUUUGCUAUUUCAAGAGGGGUCUGGAUAUUGUUGUUUGAUGUGCAAUCAUCUUGACCCCAUAGUUUAGGUUGUCAUUUGAACUUGCUGACAGAAUUCCAGUCGCUAUCUUUACGUCGUUGUCAUGAGGUUCGGGCUGGGUCUGGUAGGUCGAGCUGAGCUGGGAGGGCCGAGCGGAGCUCGUGAGCCAAGCCGGGCGGGCCGAGCAGAGCUCAGUUCCUUCCGUCGGCAAUCCAAUCCCUUCGCCUCGCCCAAGGUUAUCGCCGACGCGGAGAAGCUGUGUGCGGGAGGCCUUUACGAGCCCAGGUCCUUAGUGAAUAACGUGGCGCUUGCUGAGCUCGGGUUCAUCUUCUCGGAACAAGACGAGCCCAAGCGCCGAGUCGUCCAACAGCACCUCGGGGAGGGCCCCUCAGGCGAAAUCAUGAUUUCCACGGCCGAUCGGAAGAAGCUCUUCAAGACCAAGCCAAGCAAGGGAUCCACCCAGGCUCGGCCUCCGACGCUGAUUGCUGCUCCAUCCGCUGAGUGUGUUCCGCUCACCAAGAAGCGCAAGGGCGCGAGUUCUUCGAGGGACGCUGCCUCGGCGAGUGCGACGAAGUCCCAAUCUCCGCACCUGGCAGACUUCGAGAAUCCGGCAUUUGUUAACGUGGCGUUUCCCCCCAAUCCUUUGUUCUUGCAUGGGGACUACGAACCUUGCCAGUUCUUGCAGGGCUUCGUCCCUCAUCCCGACCGAAAAGAGAUCAGGGCAACUGGCUCGGUUGACCUAACGUCUGCUCUCCUGCGGGAGCUAGGCUCGGCGGCCAUGCACGUCCCGGAACUUGCGGACCGCUUGGGUUGGUAUGAGGCCGACGGGAUCAAGGGUGAAGAAGAGACCUUAAGGCUGCAGAGGCGCGUGGCCAAACUCGAGGGGGAGGCUCGGGCGUCGGAGCAUGCUCACAUCACCGCCGAGGCGAAGGCGCGCCGCCUCGAGGAGGAAAGCGAGCAUGUGAUCCAGGCUUUCCAGGCCUCCCCUGCCUUUGAGGAGGCGGCUUUCUCCCGGAUGGAUGAUCUCUUGAAGUCUUGGGCUCAAACCCCCGCCGGCAAGCAGCUUCUGCUCGAAGAGGGGAAGGCCAACUACGCUCUAGGUCUGUUCCGGGCUCAAGAGGUCUCGCUGGAGCGAUUCAUAGAGGGCAAGGAUCUCCCUGAGCCGUGCGAAGACCCUGAGGCGUUCGAUUCCUCCUUAUUUUACUCCGACAUUGAGGAUGCCGCUGAAGACUGAGCGUGUCUGCGCCCCUUACCGACCAUGUUUCCUUCUCCUUUUUUCAAUGUAACGUUUUCGCAUUGAACGAUGUAUUGUACUAUGCAACUAUUAAUUUGACUUCUCAUGGUUUGCAAUGCCUUUGUCAUUUUU